CCACGGCUGCGGCCGUCUUUCAUCCAUCCCACUCCUCCUCUCUGCUCCUUCUCAGCAGCGCCCCCUCGACUCCACUCAACCGCACCUUGGAUUGCAGCUCCAACAUUCGCAAAGCAAGCACGCUGCAGACUGGAGACGCCGCGCAAAGCGUUCCCCCCCUCCCUUUAAAAAAAAACAACAACAACCAAACAAACAGAAAAAAAAAUCGCCGAACCGCCAAAAUUGCAACAGAACGAUGACACUGAUCCACGAGGGGCACAAGCACAACAUUAUCUGACAACCUGCGACCUGCACAGCUCCUCUUCUUCUCCGCUCCUUGUGCCUCACGUCAACGUUCCUGCCCCCCACCGGUCCUCUCGGCCAGCGGGACCAUGAUGCUGAGCAGCUCCGUGGAGGUGCCCAGCCCGGCCGGGCUGAGCAGCCUCAGCGGGCUGAGCGAAGCGGCUCGAAACGUGGUGCGCUCCUCAAGCAUCUCGGGGGCCAUGUACAACUUGGAGAAGAGUCCCGGAGGCGGGGGUCCCGAGUCGGCGUCGCUGGCCGGCAACAAGAAGCGGCGCUCCAGUCUGGGAGCCAAGAUGGUGGCUAUUGUGGGCUUGUCGCAGUGGAGCAAGAGCACGCAGCAGCUCAACCAGCACGACGGUGGGACCAAGAAGCUUCGCAGCACAAUCCGACGGAGCACGGAGACCGGGAUCGCCGUGGAGAUGAGGAACCGGGUGACGCGGCAGGGCAGCAAGGACUCCACCGACGGCAGCACCAACUCGAACAGCUCCGACGGAACGUUCAUCUUCCCUACCACACGCCUCGGGCCCGAGAGCCAGUUCAGCGACUUCCUGGACGGAUUAGGCCCAGCUCAGAUCGUAGGGCGACAAACAUUAGCGACACCUCCUAUGGGGGACGUCCAUGUUGGUAUGGUGGACAGAGGAGGCCAGCUGGAGGUGGAGGUCAAUCAGGCCAGAGGCUUGAUCCCCAAACCGGGCUCCAAGAAUAUUCCAGCUACCUACGUGAAGGUGUACGUCCUCGAGAACGGAAUGUGCUUGGCCAAGAAGAAAACCAAAGUUGUGAAGAAGAAUCUCGACCCGAGCUACCAGCAGCCUCUGUUGUUUGAUGAGAGUCCUCAGGGAAAAGUGCUCCAGGUAAUUGUGUGGGGGGAUUAUGGGCGUAUGGACCACAAGUGCUUCAUGGGAAUGGCCCAGAUCCUGUUGGAGGAUUUGGACCUCUCGGCGACAGUCGGCGGCUGGUACAAGCUGUUCCCUACCUCCUCUCUGGCAGACCCCAGCAUCGGACCCCUCACCCGACGCCUCUCGCAGUCCUCCCUGGAGAGCGCCACCAGCCCCUCGUGCACCUAAGGCUGAGUCAUGCAGACCCCCGUACUGUACAUACCACUCAAGACUAUAUCCUGAAACGCAAGAGCCGACGUACAGUACAUCCCACUUGUUUGUACGCUCACCCAGCCAUAUUUAUUUAUUUUUUUUUAGUAAGGAAAAACUCAUAAAUUCACCAGUUUAGCAGAAAACGUAGCAUUUUUCCUCCUCCAUAUUCCAACAUUCCCAUCCAUGACACGUUUGGUUCACAGAGUGCCAUAACCUGCAUUCCGAGGUUCCAGAAUGCCAUCGCAGGGCCAUUUCGCUGACACUUUCUAACCUCUCUAUGCCAAACUUGAGGAAAAUAACAGAACAAAACAUUCUUUUUUAAAAACCAAAGCAAUUGUUAUUGUUGUAGUCGUAGAUGAAGUAGUAGAACAAUAUAAAGUAUGGAUAUGUAGCAGAGCCAAUGACUUAGAAGUUACAUUCUGCGGGCCAAACGCAUAACAGGUGCAGAUUAUUCACAUAAAGGAACGUAUGUGAGGUAGCAACACUGCUAUUGUACAGGGCAGGGCUGAGUUUAUACAUAGAUAUGCAUAUACACAUAUAUAGUUCAACAUUUAUUUGUGUUCUCGUAUGUAUCUGCCGCACUCUGCAUGCUUGCUUGCAACCUUUGUAAAGACCUUUUGAAAGUGCUCCAAACUUUACAUUUAACUUUAGAGCAAGGAAAGCGGGGGUAACAGAGGGAGCUAUUAUUGAAGACAGUGUUUCCCAACCGUUGAUGAACAAAGAUACAUUAUUUGUGGUAAAUACUUUUUUUUUUUUUUAGGACCAAUUAAGUAAAAUUGGACAGCACAAUGGUUGGGAAUCACUAAUUGAGGAGCUGGUGGAUAAAAUAUGAUGAUGAUGGUAGUAAUACAAGAUCCUGCCUUGAUUUUUCAACCACAGGGCACUGAGCAUUCUGGGAAAUCUGAACAGCUUUAUUGCAGGGUUGUUUUUUUUUUUCUGGGCUUCCCAAGCAGGAUGCAUCACUCCCUUUUCUUUUGUGUACCAACAUUUGAUGUUUUGAGAGGCUUUUCUUGAAAUAUGAUUGAAAAGGAAAUAUGACGGUGACCAUCCGCUGUGGUGGUCUGACACCAUGUGACACCUGCAAAAUGUUAUUUUUUACGCUGGUGUUGCACUACGUUAUUUUCCAGACAGCACUUUAUUGUGAAACAAUACAGUCAAACAAUUAUCGCUGUUUUUCAUGUAAUGUUGUGAUUCUUUUGAAUUGAAUGCCAGCAUGGAAAUGUAACAGCAUGUUUGUUUCUUUCUUUAUUGAUUUUUUUUUUCGUUAGUUUUUUUGGGCUACAUUGACUUGUUUAAAAUUAGUUUUCUCACUUCUACAAGAACAAAAGAAACUCGUAGCACUUUCUGUCAUUAAUCUGACUCUUGCAUCUCAGUAAGAGAAAAUGAAUUCAGCAUAACAAGUUGUAUCAGAAAGUUCGAUGUACUUAAGCUCAAGCAAGUAAUUGGCAUUUAAUGUUUUUUUUAAAAAAUCAAUUUAUUUAAUAUGACAUUUGUAUUCCACUUCUAUGAGUGUUGGGACCAGCACCAAAUGUUACACUACUUAAAAGUGAAUUAGCAUGCUUUUUUUUUUUUUUUUUUUUUUUACAAAGGUACAUUCCGUUUAUCAGCACUUAAACAGAGCUCACAUUUGUACUUUUGUCCUCAAAGCACUCACGAAUUUCACAGUUCCGUUUUGGAUUUGAAAAAUAUGUACUGUAUGUUCCAAUUUUCUUGACAUGAUCUAUGAUAUUGUAGGGUAUUCUAUAUAGUAUAAACAUCUUAUCAUUUGUGUCUUUUUGUGGACAACUGGCAUGAUGAUGUAAAAUGAGUACAAAUACUGUAUUUGCACACAAUCUCUUCAGUGCACUUUUUUUUUUUCGUGAUUCCUUGAAAAUCGUCUUUGUCGGAGGAGGAAUCCAGUCUUGUCAAAGAACCCCUGAAGACAAAAACCACCUUGUAUAACUUCCAUGUUCAGUGCUGAAUGUUUAACUCCUUGGCAAAAAUCAGAAUAUAAUAUUUGCGUUGUAAAUUCCAAUGUUUUGGAGCUUGUAUGGAAAUGUUUGUUAACUUUUUGCUGUAGUGUAUAGUGAUUCUGAAAGCAGAACGUUAUCCUUGAAGAAAUGUUCUUUCUUAAUGCGCAUCCAAAUCCUUUGAAUUCCGCAACCAAAAGCAAAGUGAAAUAUUGCCUUUCUUUAAUGUCAAGUGUGAGUAUGCACAUUUAUGGCAUUGCAUUAUGAGUGUGAGGGACUGUAAGAAUGAGGACUUUCAAAAUUUGUAAGUAAUUGUUCAAAAAAUAUAUAUAUACUGUAUAUUGUGCUUUAAAUGAUGCAGGGUUUGGGAUAUGAACACUAUACUUUAAGUCCCUGUAAAGUGAAAAAUAAAAUAUGUCUUCUGAAGACUGUUGUUAACAAACCUGCCAAAUUUGAAUAAAAAAAAAAAACCCAGAAACAAAAAAAAAUGCAAAGUAUAUAAAAUAAGGCUUCAAAAUUGUGAAAAAUCAAAGCCGUUCUCUUGGCUCUCGAACACUGCGGGCAUUUCUGCUGAAUGCGCUGAAACCACAACCUGGAAAAAUGGAUGCUAACAUAUUUCUUAUGUCUACACAUAACUACAUUGAGCCACAAAAAUAUAUCUGCUUAAAGCCUCUGGUGGCUGGAAUAAUUCCCAUUCGCCGUGACAAUGAGGCGCUCUAAAGCGGCCACGCCUCCCCGAUGUCCCGGUCCACACGCUGUCUGUCAUGUAGGACAAUUAUUUUUUUUCCCCUUGCUAUUCUACCUUUUCAUCAUGACGUGCGCACACUCACAGCCAACAACAAAGCACUCUAAAGUGCUUCAUGUGGCGCCAUUUUAACCGUGGCGAAAAAAAAAUCAUGAAAUCUGAAAUGGUGAAAAACAGUUGAACGUUUUCAACAAUUAUCUUCAAACAUGUUUAAUGUGUUUAGAAACAGCGUAAAGAAUUCACUUUACAGGGUCUUUAAUAUUCACGCAAUUGUAUCAUGUUUCUUGCCGUUUCCCCACUUUAAAGUGGCUUUGAGAGAACAAAGUAUGACUGAUUUAUGAAGAUAAAAGUAGAUGUGGAAGCUUCCCAAGCAGCAGGGUUGACAGUGACAGAGUUGGUUCAGGUUCUGGUGACGUUUUGAAUGUGAAGGUACUGAAACGGGUCAUUUGUAGACAUGCCGGGAGUAUUAAUUCUUAUUUUUUUUUCUGGGGUGGGGGCAUGUCAAGCUUUCCAGACUCGACACAGAGAUUUAUGGUUGAGCCGAUGCAGACGAUGAGAUUUGAAUAUCCACGUCCGGCGUUCUUCAACCCGAUUUGACUUAUUUAUGUGCAAAAAAAAAAAGAAAAAAAAAGAAAAAAAUGACAGAAUUGUCAAUCAACCUGUUGAAAAUUUUAUUUUUAUAAUUAGAGAGGAACUAUAGAGAGGAGGGAGUGUGUGCAGGCGAAGCUGCCUUGUGUCGAUGAGGGCUUGUUCAGUUUACAAUGGCCUUAUUGUUCUCAUUGUUAUUAUUAUUAUUGUAUUGUGGAGAUUUAUGCUUCACUAUUGUAUUAUUAUUAUUAUUGUAUUGUGGAGAUUCAUGCUUCACUAUUGUACUACACGUUUGAAAGUUUGGACAAUUGUAUUCUGCUUGAAAUAUUGUUACCGGAGUUCUACAUACAGUAUAUAUGGAAUAUGUGUGUGUAUAGUUUUCUGAAUGUAUUUCUUAACCCUAACACCUAAUUUUUCCUGUCGUUUACUUUGCGGUAAUGUCUCUCCCUUACAUGGGACUACUUGUACUCUACUGUAUUGUUUGUAUAUUCCCCUGAAAGAAAGCGGCUCGGUGGUUGAAAGAAGCAUGCACAAUGCUUUUUGAUUUAUUGACAUUGCAGUGAAGGUAUUACUGCCUUCUUGCACCAGUUAAUUUCUCAACCACAAUGAUGAAAUUGGUUUGACUUGUGAUAUUCUUUAUCGCAUGGUUAUACUGAUUUUUCUUGAUGGUGUGGAGUUAUUAUUAUUAAUAAGCUAGGAUGCAGUUGAAGCCACUAAGAAAUGAAAGAUUUUGAAGGAAUGCAAAGUAUAGUCUUUUUUUGGAAAAUGAUUUGUAUUUCAUUUUUUAUAUGUUCUAUCUUAAACAGGGUUGCAAAUGGGAUAGAAAUGUUGAAUUGUUUUCUGGAAACUUUCUAUGGGAAGUUUAGCUGAGGAAUUUUGGAAAUUCAUUUACUUUCAUAUUUUGUAUAAUUAAUUUAAUGUAAUUUGCAUUCUUUUUUAUUCUGUUGUUUAUUUUUAAUUAGAAUGAACGUGAAUUUAACUUAUACUGUAGGUAAUUUUUACACCUACAGUAUAUUGUACAUACACUAUACAAAAUUCAAAUUUUGAAUAUGUAGCAUGCAUGCAAAUUAGUUUUAUAAAAUAUAACUGCUUUUAUUUGUGAAAAGUAUUUUAAUCAAGAACCAAAAAAUAUGACAGCCCCCAAACCUAAAUUGUACUUAAGACGAUUAAAAAAAAAAAAAAAAAAUCUAACUAACCAGUGAAUUGCAAUUUUCCAGUUUGUGUAAAUUCCUGCUAAUUCCCAUGGAAAGUUGCACAUUCUCAGUAUAAUGCAACCCUAAAGUACAAGUAGCACUGGCUCUGCCAAUUUUCUUUAGGCAAUAAACAUUGAUUGUAAAAUCUAAGUUGCUCACAUUUACACGUUUUGAGGCUUUGCAGCUAACAAAAAGGACUUCUAAUCUUAGGCAGCAGCAGAGUACGCAAUGCAUCGGGACUAACCAUAAACUUGUAGCUAUUUCAACAUAGCACCCCCAUGAGCAGCCUUUUUAAACUACUUUGUGUGUUUUUUUGUUUGUUUUUUUUUCCCUUGAGGUCUUUUUAUUGUAGCAACGUGACACAAACAUCCUGUACUUUGGAUCUUGUACGUAUAUGUUUGGUUUAUGUCAUUUAAUAUGUCAACGUCUCCAUCAUGGAAAGCCAUUUGAGCAUUUAUUCCAUAUGAUUGACAUUCAGAUCAAGUUCCAUAUACUGUACUAGUAUAUAUACUAGUCCUCACUAGUAGGACAAUUCAGUGCACUGUUAAAAAGUUACUUGUAACAUUUCUUUCCAUGGAGCUUAAGGUCCACAUACUAGUUUGCCCUUUUUACUACUAGCUGAACAACUUUGGCAAACUAGGACAACUACAUGUUACCAGUGAGGCAAAACUGUGCUACUCGCGCUACACGUGAUAUAAAAAUCUACUAGUUAACAUCUAGUGCAGUGCUGCUCAAACUUUUUGCCAUCUGAAAAAAUACUAAUGUCUUCAAAUACCAACAUCACGAUAUAGGUGCAUAGUAGGCCUAAGUGUUCAUCGAAAAAGUAUAUUUAAUAUAGUUUUAGGCCACUGUAACAUUAUGCACAGUGUGAACAUUAACACUGUGGUUAAAUAUGGGCCAUUAUACAACAUAAAUAAUGAUUUAAUAAAAAUAUACUGCCCAUAACGUACAUUAAAAAAUGUACUGAAAUAAAUACUUGAAAACAAACAGCUCUAACAUAUAAAAUGCAAAUGUAUUGUAGGCUACUUCAAAGUUAAAUACAACUGAACUGUGCUUAACAAAUGUACUGUAAUGGAUUAACUUAGUGCGCCCUAGUCACUAGUGCACUGAAUUGUGCCACGAGUUUGGACAAACGGCGUACUAGUACCUGGACCUUAAGCUGGAUACCAAAUUGUCAAACGGUUUCCUGAGUAGCCAUGUUGUCAGACUAUAUUGACGGCCCCUCUAAACGACCCCACACCAUUCAUAUCCCAAGCCAGCAAAGCACAAAUGUCCCUGAAUGCAACACGACAAGGACAAAACAACUUGAGAUGGCACUCACGGGAAACACGGUGAUGCUCACACGCACACACGCACACAGCUGAUGAAUACCUCGGCGUCACUACACAAACGUUCAUCCGCAUUGCUGGUGCCGGUCGUCUUGUCUAACUGGCCUUAACCUUUCCACUGAGGUGUUUGCAAAAGGGCAACGUGUCGCAGAGCGUCUUUGUGACGGGAGGAUGCAUUUUAUGGCCAACAUAGAGAUGGGGGGGGGGGGGGGGGGGGGGGGGGGAGCUGUAAUUUUCUACCUGUGCUUUGUAAAUGUUUUCUAUGUGCAGUAUUUGAUAAUGUAAAACUGGUAUUUUUGUGGUUUGUAAGCUGCAAAAUUGAUUACUUAAGGUGCAUGUAGUUUUUUAAGAAAAUUAAACUGAGGGGUACAACAACAACAACAAAAUCCAAACAUUUCGUUUUCAGAAGCCUGUAUUUGCAUGUAUUUGACCGAGCAAAGUCAAUAAAGUUCAUUUGAAUCACAAA